AUUCCACCUGGGAGAGGAAAGUCAGGGUGGGUGAGUGACUGCAUGGUUCUGAGUUACCGCCUGGGUUUAAACUGCGACAAAACCUUAGGAAACAUUUCCUACCAGUACCCAGUUUAGUUAUCUAAAACAUUAAAAAAAAAAAAAAAAUGCUGCAGGAAUAUUUUAGAUUCAACUUAUUCUGUCUCUAAGCAGUGAUUUCUUUCAGGCCUGUUUUCUGUGGUUGAGUCAUUUAUGUCUUUGCAUUGGAACUUUUGCCAGCUCUAAACUGUAGAACAGUUUUGUUUUUUUUUUUUUAUUUUUAUUUUUUUUUCCGGUGCUCAAGAAUGAUCUUUUAAUUUGACUUGUGGUACAUCUUCAUAUUCAAAUAAGUUAGUUUCUGGAAUUAGGAUCAUUAGGUGGUGGAUCCAGAUCCUAACUCUGAAGUGUCUGAACCAGAUUACGGUAUAUAUAUUGCAAUAUGGAUUGUACAGUCCAGUAACCUAGUGCUGAACGUACUCUACUCUGACACUUCAGAGAACAGGGGAAGUGAUACAGUAAGAGGAUCAAAUUAUUUUUAUCAUUUUGUUUGCUCCACUUUUAUGAUGACAAAAAUAAAACAUCAGGGAAGAGUCUGAAGCUCAGUCUAAAAUCAGCAGUUCUUCAACAAGUAUUUUGGCUCCAUCAGAAUUCUUUCUGCUGCAUGAAGCAGAUUAAAAGGAGGAAACCAAGUAUUUUGCAACACUACAAAUGUAAUUAUAUACUGUUUUUCAUUAAUUCUCCAAGGAAGCAUAUUUAGUAGCAAAGGGUCUCUGAAGGCAAACUUGUAAAAUCUGUGAAUCUGCUGGUGCACAGGGAGAACAAUCGAACAUCAAACGAAAUGUGCGCAUUCAUGUUCCCAUCCUGGAUGUAAAUGAACCGGCUGAAUGAACACGUCGGGGAGAAACCCAGACCGGGCUUCCAGGUUUUCCUCACCUGCCACCCCUGUGGACACCCCAUGCAUUUUUUUGGCAACACCCUCUCUUCCAUGGGGGCUUUGCGACCCACCCUCAUCUGCUAAGACGCCAGCUGCAUUUCCCAGUGUUGCCGCAAAAGCGGUGCCGCCUGUGCUGGAAAUGGGAUCUUCCACUAUUUAGCUAGGCUUUGCUGAAUGAGUCAUCAGAGCCGGCUGGUAUUGGCUGGGCUGGUGAGCACCCAAGGGAUUGCCUGGCAGAGGCUGAGAGGCCUUGCUUCAUUCACAGAAAUGUGGGGAUGCUAGCCAGCCCUUUCAUUCACACGCACAGAAACUCAUUCACAUUUUUCAGUUUUGCUAGCCACUUCUAACGAAGAGAACUGUUUGGGACCAGUAGGGUUUUCUGGGCAGUAGAGUCACGUAAAAAUAGACUGCGAUGUGUAUAUUUGCUGUUGCUAUGCUAGGAGGAUGAAGAGAGGAAUGAAUGCUGUGUGGAUGCUGUAGCAGGUUCGCAGUGUGGUGAUGAAAGGCUGUUCUGCAGAUCACUAGAAACCUGCUUUUGCACUGACUAGGACAUUGCCAUUACUCAUCACUGCUGGGAUAAGAGGUGCUGACUUAAUUUAAUGUCAUGAAUAUACUAAUUAAAUACCUGUAUUUGAGCUGGCUGUUUCUCUGUGUUUGCACUUUGUAUACUGCAGCCUUUAUUCAUGGGAGAGGGAAGGAAUUCCAUGGGAUUUUUCCUUUAAAUUGUCCUGCAAUUAGUAAUUUGUUUAAAAAGCAGCUUUGCACUAUGCAAAUUCCGUAGUCUCAAUUUGUUUAUAAUGCAGUGUAUUGUCCUACAUGCAAAUGAUGUUUUGCAAAGAUCAGUUUAUAUAGGAAAGCCAUACUGGGGCUUGUGAUGGACAUUGUGUAUCGCAAUGCUGCACACAUCUUGUUUUUUUUUUGUUUGUUUGUUUGUUUUUUUUAAAGUAAGAGAAAUGAAAUUCCUGUUUUCUGCAUGUUUUCCUACUUCUCAGAUCAGGUGUUUGUGGCUGAUAUUUAUGCUUAAUAAGACCUGGUUCAUUUUUUUGUUUUUCAUUACAGGAUGUCUGUUUGCUGCUACCUGGACUUUUGACUGUUCUUUUAGCGUUUUUUUUUUCAGUUUUUCAGAAUCACACCACAUAUUCCAGUGAAUUGGAGACCCUCUUAAUGUUUUUAUUCAGAAUUCACAGAUAUGUGAGGUGGAAGAACAGUGUGGUGUUUCAUCAGGGUUGUCAAUUCAGUUUUAAAGCAAGGUCUCAGCAGUUUCUACGACUUCAACAACACCUUCGUACCUGGUCUCACCAGAUGUUCUCCGCAAGGACCAUGAAGAUGGACCCACCACCCUGUGCACCCUUAUCCAUAAAGUGUCCCACUUGAAACUCUCUAGCACAGGCAGCCUUUUGGGACGUGAGCAAGAUGAGUAUGGGGAAAAAAACACGGUCAGAGGAAAUACACCUGGGAGGUGAAGACUGGAAUCAAAAUAGUAGCUUUGUCAGUAAACCCUCUCGGGGAUGGCUGCACUCGAGUGAGAAGAUCCUGGGACCUGGUGUGACGUACGUUGUGAAGUACUUGGGAUGUAUAGAAGUCUUACGCUCAAUGAGAUCUCUUGACUUCAAUACUAGAACACAGAUUGCAAGGGAAGCGAUCAGUCGUGUUUGUGAAGCCAUGCCUGGUGCCAAAGGAGCCUUCAAGAAACGAAAGUCAGCAAGCAAAGUUCUUUCUAGCAUCUUGGGAAAGAGCAAUCUUCAGUUUGCAGGAAUGAGCAUAAUGCUGAAUAUCUCCACCACCAGUUUAAACCUAAUGACUCCUGACACAAAACAGAUCAUAGCAAAUCACCAUAUGCAAUCUAUUUCCUUUGCAUCUGGAGGUGAUCCGGAUACAACUGACUAUGUUGCAUAUGUAGCUAAGGAUCCUGUUAAUCGGAGAGCUUGUCAUAUACUGGAAUGCUCUGAUGGCCUGGCCCAGGAUGUCAUCAGCACCAUAGGGCAAGCGUUCGAGCUUCGAUUUAAGCAAUACUUGCGAUGCCCUUCUAAGAUACCUACUUUCCAUGAUAGGAUGCAGAGUUUUGAUGAGCCAUGGAUGGAGGAAGAUAAUGAGCCAACAGAACAACAUGCCUAUUACAACAACAUCCCAAAUAAAGUGCCCCCCCCUGGCGGCUUCAUUGAUGCCAGGCUCAAAGCAAGACUUCCCACUGCUGCAGAUACAGCUCAGUCUGCAGCAGGACUGGGAGGAGAGCAAACUUAUUACCAGAAUCGUCACUUAGGAGACAAAUUUGGUGAAGGCUGGCAUCAUGUGCCUGUUAAGCAAGGAUCUCUGGAUAUGCUGGAAGAGAAAUCACAAGUAACCUCAACAGCAGAAAUGCCAACAUACGUAAACACCCAGCAUAUAGAUGUAGAAGCUCUACUGGCACUUCAGGUAGAUGCUGAAAGUACCUUCAGUGGAACAGCAGAUGAUAUCAAAGCAAGCAGCCCAGGAAAGGAUCUGUUUGACAUGAAACCAUUUGAAGAUGCCCUCAAGAACCAAACAUCUGUGGCUGCAUCAAGGAAAUCCACCUCCACAGGAUGCACCAGUCCUCUUUUGUCCAGACGAGCUGACUGGACUGUAGCUGAAGACCUGAGUGCAGAGCCGUGGUAUCAAGGAGAGAUGAGCAGGAAAGAAGCAGAACAGCUAUUAAAGAAAUGUGGAGACUUUCUUGUGAGGAAGAGUACCACGAAUCCUGGCUCCUAUGUGCUGACAGGCCUGCACAAUGGUCAAGCCAAGCAUCUUCUUUUGGUGGACCCAGAAGGAACUGUUCGCACAAAAGAUCGUGUCUUUGACAGCAUAAGUCAUCUCAUCAAUCACCAUCUCGAGAAUAAUUUGCCAAUAGUUUCUUCUGGGAGUGAGCUCUGCCUGCAGCAGCCUGCUGAGAGGAAGUACUGACUCCAGAUAACUAUUUUAGUUUUUGUAAUUUGUAAGCUAUAACAGGUAGAAAUUGCAGAUCUGAAAAAAAAACCCAUGUACAUUAAAAAAAUUAUGGAUAUUCACAUAUAUUUCAUCAAUAUGUUUUCUUUAGGUUUAAGAAGCCCCAUUUCACAUGGUACACUUGAAAAUUCUCAAUGCUUUAUGUAGACAUGAAGUCACAGCAGAAGGCUUUCUUAGAAAGUAAUUUAAAUGAAAUUGUUCAGAUUCCCUAAUGUGAAUAUUGAUAGUGUAUAUAUACACAUUAUGUAUAUAAAUACAAUAUAUAUUUAUAUUUUUCAAGUCAGUCUGUUGAUGGUAUAGAACUAUCUUCUGUGCCAUGUGUUUUUACCAGAAGAAAAAUUUCAAUUGUAAUUGUUCAGAUAAAAAUGGAAUUCAUCAGUCUCAUUUUCUUAAGAAAAGGAGUAUUGGGAAUCUUAUUUCUGCUUUUACCUAAGAAGCACAACUAUGGGGAUCACAAGUGGAUUAUGCUGGUUAGCCAUGGAAGGAGUCUGAAUUCAGCAAUUAGUAUUCCAACUCAGAAAUUUAGCAUAAAAUGUUUUUUAAAAGCAUUAUUCAGUGUCACUGGUAUCAAAAUCAUUUUCUCUUUCUGAUGUCGUUUGAAUUCUUAUAUGAUGCUACUCAAAACAUUUGUAUCUUGCUUUAACAAUGAUUUUGUGUGAUCUCUCUGUGUAUAAAACGUGUGCAUUCGAUUUUUCUAAUGAUAAUAUAACAAUAUUCAGUAACUUUAGUUUAUUAAUUUGAGUGCUAAGGCUAUUUAUAAAUAGUUCUCUGCUUAUAGUGAAGAUCUAGGUGUCCUUGACUACCAGUCUCCAAUGAGGUGUUGCAUACCAAUUAGGCAAGUUCAAAUAACUUGCAUUCAAUAGGUUUAGUACAAGAUGUACAUGGUUGUUCAGAGACGUAACUGAAAAAUCUUUUCUUUUUAUAAAUAGUGAAAACUAUCAUGGCUCAGUGGCCAUUUGCAUUUACCUACCAAAACCUUCACUUCGGCCUUCAACAAGUGAUGGGUAUUGCAAAUAUACUGCUUUUCUGUAAAUAUCAAGUUGAAAAACAGAUGCAUUUCUAGCAAAAACGUCCUUGGCUUUUGGUACUGGGAAAGGUUUUUAGAAAGAUUUGUACUCUUCAAAUGCAAACACUACAUGAAGUUAUUUUCCUAUUUACAAAGCUUAUCAAAAGCCAAAUUCAAUAGACAUAGUUCCUAUAAAGGCAAAGUUUGUGCCAGAGUAAGGAUUUAGCCUUCAGUGUUCCAAGGUUUUCUCUAGCACCAGUAUCUCAAAUCAAAUCUUCAGACCUGAUUCAUAAAGGCUGUGACUCAGCAGGGUAAGUCUAGGUUAAGCACCUGCCUAUGUUGAAGUAGUCAAUACUUAAAUCUACUUAAAAUUAGAUUUGGUUUUCAGAAUUUGCUCAGUUUAAAAAUUUCUCAGACUACAAGCAAACUGACUGAAGGAGUCAUUCAGGUAGGAUCAUCUUAUUAAAAUUCGGAUAUAUUUUGCCUAUACCUUCUGUUCUGAAAUAUAGUGAAGUUGCAACUUGGGAAGUUUGGUUUUGUUUGAUCUCAAGAGCAAAAAAGAUUGAGGCACCUAAGAUGAAUCAUAUGAGCAGUGAAUAAAAAUACACUUUUUUAUUCAAGACAUUCAGAAGCCAAACUAUGACAUUAGUGAACCAAAUACUUGUGAUUAAUUUUAUUGUGAAUACUAAUUAGUUGUUAUUUCUAGAUCUGGGUGGGACCUGAGAGCAAAGGAACAAAAUUAAAUGCUGCAUUGCAACCCAAAUUAGUAUGGUGCUGAGGUUAGUGGAAUCCUUACAUUUGGGUUGUCCUUUUACCAGAUUGGAAAUUGCAAGGGAACAUGAGGAGAUCUUAUACCCUAAAGCAGUAUUCAUCAAAACUACUUUAUUUAAGAGCAUCCAUGUCUCACCAUAUUCCAGCUUCAAGUAUAUCAGUUGCCACCAUUUCUGUCAUGCAUAAUAUUUGUCAUAUCAUGCUCUCAUCUCUGUAUAGCCGUGUCCUGGAAAGUGUUUAGUGUGAUAUUACUAACUAUAGGAGAAGACCUCUUAUUCACUUUGAAUGUUGUAUAUCACUUCAGUAAGAAUCAGAUGCCAAAACCCCCUUAGGUGCCUUCAAAAAUCCCACCUGCUGCCUAUGUCAGUUUUAGAUUCCUAAAUACCCUGUCAGUGUAUGCCUGGAAGAAUGUGACAAGAUAUGGGUGUAUGAAUGAAGGCACUAAAUAUACACAGAAAUAAGAAUCUGAUUUUUUUUUACCAUCUUUAAUAACUUAGCGGCCACUUAGCUGCAUGUUCUGGCAAUUAAAGCAGGUGGCAAGGAGACACAAACAGCUUGACAGAAAUAUUUAAUUCCCCAGAGUACCUUUCACAAACUCUGCCUCCAGGAAAAUGUGGCUAUUUUAAACUGCUCUGUCAGCACAGCCAAUUUGCCCAGCUCACCAUGCGCAUUGAUGAUGCAAAUGUUACACGUAGCUUAAUAAGAUGAACUUUGGCCCUAGGUAAUGGUAGUGCCUUUGGGCUGCGACAGUGCCCCUGCUGCUGCAGUGGUCCAGCAGAUCCUGUCUGGCUAGAUGGGAUGAUCCAGAAGCUUUUCUAAGUCACUGAGAACCAAAGCUGCCAAGGAAGAAGGGGCAUGUGGACCAAUCAAUUCUCCUUGUGUGGAUCCUGACAUUGUUUUAUGUCUCUGUUACUGUUGUAUGUUUGGCUUUUCCCUAUAUGAAAAUGGCAUAAAAACUGCAUAGACAUUUGGACAGCAGUUCCAAACCUGUUUUUGUUAGAGCUCAACAACAGCUAAUUGAACCUGCUAGAGAGGCAGGGCUCAUUUCUAUGAAAAGCCAUUUAAGAGACAACAAUUUAAGAGAAGUUAUGAGAUGGGCUCAAAUGCUGUGCAAUUGGCUGAAAACCAGACUGCUGACAGCAUAAUAAUUUGAGCCUUUUAAUGUUUAUCUUUGGUUCUGAGUCCCUUCACCUUUUGUUUUUACUCUUUUUCAUUCAAUCCAGAAGGCUGGACACUUGCUGGUGAUAAUUCAGUACUGUGACUUUAAGAAGGGGGAUUUUACUUGAAUGAACAAAUUUACUAGAAGCAAUAGAAAUCACUUGUGUUUAGACAAUAUCCUUUGAUUUUUCCCAGGUGAGAGCUGAGCAGUCAGAAAUGAAACUCUAAAUAUCCUGCAAGACUGACUACAUUGAUUUUGAGUAGUAUCUGAUUAUCAAUUUUGACUCCAGCUUUGUUGCAACUAUGUGAAUUCUGGGCAAUGAAAACACAUUUGAUUCCUCCAAACAAAGAACUUUCAGGAGUGAACCAAAUGCUUCUGAUUCAUUUUAUUGUAGGUCUAGAAUGAAUACUAGGAUAAUAAAAAUUUCCAGCAUGGCUGGCAGUGGCAGACUGGAUAUUGAGAUACAGUUGUGUUCUCAAACUUUCAGUUACUUCAGAUGCUUCAGAAGCACAGAAACCUCAAAGGCAGAAAAUGUGAUUUGAAAACUGAAUUACCUUCUGACUUCAGUGUGCGUUUGCUCAGAGUGAGGACUCCCCAGGUUUCCUUCCCUAAAAAAGGAUGUUCAAAUUGGCCAUGCCUGGGUGGAGACUAUAAGAGGAGAUAGAAUUUCCAUGGCUUACUGCCUGCCUCCCUGCCCAGGGCUUUGCAUACACAGUGAGGAUAGAAGGUUAAUACAAUAGCUUCCCCCCGCAUCUUACAGAGUUCACAAUGGGAGGUAAUACUUGUUCUGCCAGAAACCUCUGCCACACAUAUUCAGUAAAAGCUUGAACAAAGAACAUAGUCUUGGGACCAGGAUUUGAGUGCAAAACGCACACUGUCACCAGAAGAAAAUGUUUGCUAACAGUGCGGCAAAUGUCACCUGCCAGCACUAGAUUUUCUAUAUCCUGGGUUCAUUCUUUUUAUCCUCUGUAGAAUAAUAUCUCACAUUUCUAUCAUGGUCCCUAACCAUCAUGUUGUACGGUAAGGUUUGGAGAAUUUAAAAAAAUGUAUACCACGGUGUGAUUGCUGCUGGCACAUCAAGUGCCAGAUGUCAGCUACAAUGUAUUCAUAAUAGAAUUGAUACAUAUUUAGGUAUUUGUAAGUAGCAAAUGCUCCAUUUGAAAACUUGCAGUUUUGCAGCCUCCAGGAAAUUUGCAGCUCUAAAGGGGAAAGUUGAAACUUGUGAAUGUUCUAACAAAAGGUUACAAAUCCUGUUUUCAAGCCUUUGUUCUUAGCAUCCCAUGCCUAUCUGAAGUAAGUGGUAGAACCAAGGAUUUAUAUUAAGUAAAUCAUAUUUGCAUAAAUGAAGUCUAAGCUGAAGUAACAGACACACUUCCCUUUUUAUCUCUCAGACAUUUUCAAAAUAUGUCUGCAUAAAAUCCAAAUUCAGGUUUACCUUAGUUUAUGUCAAAAAUAGGUUGAUUUGCAUGGUCCUGUUGCUUGAACCUAGGGCUGCACUCUCCACAAAUCUAUGCUUGCUCAAAGCUGUCAGGAGAUGAGGAAAUUCCCAGUAAGAGCUUUGUGCUCAGCUAUACUUACUCUACUAACUCACACACAAGUGUCUGUGGACCUUGUUCACAUCUGCAUUGGAUGCAGCUGGGAUGAGGGCAGGCCUGUGGAAAAGAUAACAUGGACAAAUAAUUUGCUUGCAGUUAACCAGAGGCUUGGAUAGGGGGUGGAAAGCUGUCUUGGUACAGAAAACCCCAGGGAUAAGAAAUGUGAAAACUGGAAACACGAGCCAGUAGGCACAUAAGCAACUAAUGGGAACUGCAAAAUACUCAGGCAAUGACUACUGCACAUCUCUUUUUGGGACACAUAUGUUGAUAAGACCUGAUCUGUUUUUCUGCACACUCCAACAUAAGCAUCCUGUAUGGCUUCCACUGAGAAAAAGUGGGGCAUUUUUUUUUGUCUCAGUAAGGAGGCUGAGAUUUCAGAGCUGCACAUUUCUAGCAAAAGUACCACAUAAACAGUGUUUAAACCUUUUUUUGACAACAGAACAGGCCAUGGAAACCAAAGGAAGGAAGAAAAAAGCUAAAGCUGGAUGACUCAUUCUGCUACCCCACUUCGUAGGAGACAGCAUGGAUGACUCAGAAAAGGAAGGUAGCCUCAGAUUUGAGAUUAAGAUGCAGAUCUACAUUUUAUGCAACUGUCAGGAAGGUAAAAUAACAUACAGGUCAAAUGACAAGUUUUUCCAGCAGUCCUCCUUUACUUGUCCUUGAGGCAAAACCCACCGAACACACCUGGGCAUUUACUCAUGCCAAAUAAGAGAAAUUUUGUUAACUGAAGAAUGUAAAGAUUAUAAUUGGUAUAUAUUUGUGUCCUUUGUGGCUGAAUUGGUGUGGUAAUUGCUUCUCAGUAAAGUCUUGCAGACUUAAACCUCAAAAGAAGCCAGGUUUCUCCUUCUGAGGUAAAUAUUUUUCUUUGCAUUGUGUGGGCAAAACAAAAAAAAUGGCUAUUUUGCUGUGAAAGGAAGUUUGACUGUAAAUUUUUUAUUUAUUAAUAUUUGUUACUUUUAGAAACAUUUUUAACUGAGAAUUGCAGAAAAAAAUAAUGUAUGUGGAAAUAUUGUGAUUGUUUAUAUUCCCAGCCACUUUCGUGAAUCUCAAGUUCUUGCCUGUCUGCUGAUUGUGGUAUUCUGGCUAUAGAGGAAAAUUUUGCCUCUGAGGAAGUCCUUGAGCAACAGAAUUUUGAAUAUAAGUGUUAUACAACUGUUUUCUGAUUAUUCAGUUUGUAUACGAUUAACCAAAGUAAUAAAAUAAUCAGCAGUACUGUCAGAUUGGAA